AUGAUCACGCCAAAUAUCGUUGGCCGUUCAUUCGGUUAUGUUGACCCUACUUUCCCCAAUCCCAACGGCAAAAAUGACACCAGCAUCAUAAUUUAUGGCUACACGCCCUCCAUCGGGCUUGCAGCCUUUGCUGCGGCAUGGUUCUUCGUUCACCUCAUCGGGCAUACCACGCAAAAUCUUACGACUCACAGCUGGUGGUGGAUGACAUUCUCCACGGGCUUAAUUUUCGAGAUCAUUGGAUACAUUGCGCGAUCGCUAUCAGCCGAAAAGGACCCAUACAACCUAAUUUACUUUGUCCUUCAAUACUUCUUCAUCGUCACUGCCCCGGUAUUCCUCGCUGCUGGUAUAUACACGAUUCUUUCGGCACUUAUCUCCCGACUGGGUAAUCAAUACUCAUUUCUUAAGCCGAAGGUCAUCUUGGGAUUCUUCAUUACUUCAGAUGCGGUCUCAACGAUCGUCCAGAUCGCAGGCGCCUGUCUGGUCGGUGUGAAAGAGUCUCGAAGAGAAGACCCGACAACGGCGAACCACAUCCUGCUGGCAGGUCUCGCUUAUCAGGUCUUUGCGAUGAGCAUUUUUGUCGUCUUGAUGGCAACAUUCCAAUUCCGAGCUCGACGUACCAUCAAGGAGCACGGCUAUCAACUCUUCUGCUUCGCCUUUUCCGUUGCGACAAUUAUGGUCUAUCUGAGAACGGUCUUCCGUCUCGCAGAGACAGCUGAGGGUCUAGGUGGAAAGUUGUCAACCAAUGAGGUAUAUUUUGCGUGCCUCGAGUUCGCGCCUAUCGCGCUCGUCGUCCUUCUGCUUGGUAUUUUCCAUCCAGGUCGUUGUCUCGGCGCGAAGGUGCGCGUUAGUGACGAGAAAGUACACAGGCAUCAUGAUAUGAACACUUCUGCUGCUCAUCUUCGUGUAUAG